ACAAUCUGCGCCCAGAACUAACCCUUCCUAUGUUCUGCCUUCGAGCGUUGCUUCACAACAAUCUGGCAGACGGAUGAAAACAAAGGUCCUCCAUGUCACGGUGAGCUUAGCUGGAGAAGCACGUGGAAGAUAAAAAACAAAAAGUGUGCUUUUUCACGACUUCAGGCAAAGGGACAAUGUAUGAAAGGAAGCCACGGUGAGGGAAAAAAAAAAGGCUUCUCACGAGUCAAAGGCUGGGUCAAAGAUAAACGCUACAAAAGCAGCAGAGGAGUCCAGCAUGGCGGACGAUUAUGUCACACCUGGGACCUACGAGCUGGAGAAAAUCCUCAACCGUGGGAGCGUGGCUUACACUCGUGUCAACGAGGUCUGGCCUAACGUCUACAUUGGAGAUGAGGAGACUGCUAUGGAUAAGUGUACCUUGAAGAGGCUGGGAGUUACUCACAUAUUGAAUGCAGCAGAAGGAACAUGGAACAAUGUGGACACUGGGCCUGGCUAUUACAGAGACAUGGAUAUUGUUUACUGCGGCGUGGUUGCAGAAGACAUCCCGACAUUUGACAUCAGCCUGCAUUUCUUCUCUGCUGCCAAGUUCAUUCUGGAAACACUGAGAAAUCCUCAGAAUAAACUGCUGGUUCAUUGUGUGAUGGGAAGGAGUCGGUCCGCCACCCUCUUUCUUGCCUACCUGAUGAUCUACGAGAACAUGACAAUUGUGGACGCCAUCGAGCACGUAAAAGGUCACCGACGGAUCAUCCCUAACUGGGGCUUCCUGAAGCAGCUGAGGGAACUAGACCAGCAGCUCCUGGAGGAAAGAGGAGGCUUAUAAAUUCAAGAGUCAAAUAAAGUCAACUAAACCUGGUAAUUGUACAAGGAUUUUUAAAAAAGAAAAUGUUAAUUUUUCACGUCCUUGAAUAAUAAAGAAGAAAAACACAACUUUUGGACAAACAAGUCUUCUUAAUACCAAUUCAAACUUUUGGACAAACAAGUCUUCUUAAUACCAAUUCAAAUAUUCACUGUGUGGCCUUGAAAAGACAGUUCACAACUUUUGGUUUCAUUGUUCUGGUCUGGAUAACGCCUCGAUACUUUUUAAAAAGAGAAACCCAAGCUGUGUUUCACAUAAAAAGAGAACAAUCAAGUACAUGGUCAAUCAUAAUUUAUUCUUAUGCUAAAAUGUACAGCAUUUUAAGUGACUGACAAAAGGAGAAAAGUCAUAAAUACAAGAAUGUCAUUCUGUUCGAUUUGAGUGCACAUAGCCAGAUAUUUCCCCCCGUUCUUACCAGCAACUCUGUACAGGUACAAAGGCUACAAAAGAGCAAUAUUAACAAAAACACAAGUACAAGUUGCGUUUUACAUGCAAUCCAUUAGCUUAGUUUGGUCUAUUCACAGGCUCUAUUCUUCUACAAUUCGGUAAAAUAUAAAUCCAAUGUUUUAUAAAGAUAGAAAACAAAUCUACACAUGGAAUGAAAACGUAGCUUUAAAGGCAUUAUGUAAAAUAUCAACUUUGGACUAAAUUUAUAUCAUCUUUAUUGUUAUUUCAUCAUUAUAAUCAUUUAGUUCUUUUUAAAUUCUGCCACACUUCGGGACACUUUGAAAUGUUUUAGAAUUUUUUUUUCUUUUUCAGGGUACAAACACUGAGAUAUGCUUUGUUAUUUUCUGACAGAAAUCAGUCUGUUUUAUUAAACAGAAAGCUGCCUUGAGGAGAUCUGUUACAAAAGGCUUCAGAAUUAUACAUACAUCGCAAUAAAACCUCUCAAACCAAACAGAAAAACAGAAGACUAAAGUUUACAUUUUUUUUACAUUAUUAGAUUUAAUAAAAUAUAGUUUCAUCUUUCUCCCUGUGAAGGGAAACCUAAUAAAGGCCAUAUAUUUUUUUAAAUGGCUUGCUAUUAAGCACAACACUUGUACAGUACUACUCAAUGCACUGUCACUAACAGAGACUGAAGCAUGCUUUUUAUCACUUUACAAAAUAAGUACAAUAAUUUAAAUAUACAAAGGCAUGAGUAUAGUACAAACUAAUUGUCAGCACUGUUAGACAGGUACACUGAACAGCCACUAUUUCCACUUGCAGCAGGCGCAUUAAAUGGCUUCAUUUGAGGCUGCUACACUGAUGAAACUUCUACGGCUGAGCUCCGAACCCG